CUUCUUAACAAUAAAGCACUACUGCAAUAACGAAAUCAUUACCAAACUUUCAUAUCGAGCCAUUGAAGCAGCGUGACAAUAAUGGGGAAAUGCCCUGUUUUGAUGAUAUACCUCUCUUGUUCUCUUCUUCUUGUCUUUCAAAGACUCCAUGGUGUUAAUGCUGUCAAGUGUUUCGGAAGCUUCUUCAACGGCAACGGCAGCUACGCUCAGAAUCGCCAGCAACUCUUCUCUGAUCUUGCUGAUAAAGUCGUCGCUAACGGUGGAUUCUACAACGCUUCACUCGGCCAAAAUCCCAACAGAGUUUACGCUCUUGCCAUCUGUGCAACCAACUACGAACUAGAUGCUUGUCUCAGAUGUGUCCGAACGUUGGCUCAGGAUACACAAAAAAAUUGUCCAAGCCGCAUGGAUUCGUUCAUAUGGGGAGGCACUGAGAACGAAGUUUCUUGUUUUUUACGUUCCUCAAACCACUCAACCUUUGGGAACCUCCUGCUUGAACCUUUUUAUGUGUACCCAAAUCCGGAUCUUAUCGAGGGAUUUAAUAACAUGAACCUUUUCGAACAACAGUGGGAAGGAAUGGUUACCCGGACCCUCCAGGCUGCAACUAAUGCUAAAAAUUCCUCGGUUCUCAAGUAUUACGGUGCUGUCAAAGAAAAUUUCACGGACUUUCCAGAUGUUUACAUGAUGAUGCAAUGCACACCCGACAUAACUUCCCAAGAAUGCAAAAAAUGUUUGGGAGAUUGCUUGAUGUAUUACAGACAAGAUUAUCAAGUAAGAAAAGGAGGCAUGGCUAGUCUUCCUAGCUGUUAUUUCAGGUGGGAUCUAUAUUCUUUCCAAAGUGAUGCCUUUGAUAAUGUAACAAGAAUUCCUGGGCCUCCCGCUCAGGAAAAGGGGAGCUGCAUAACAGAGAAAAAAGGAAGAUGCAUUGGAAAUCGAGGUAGUAUAGCAAUAUUUGCGGCUCUUACAUUCACUAACCUUUUGAUGCUUAUUACCUUUAUCAAAAUCUUUGCAAGGCGGGGGAAAUUUAAAAAUGUUGGUAGCGCAGAGUACUCUGAUUCAAAUGGCCAGUUCAUGUUCCGGUUUGAUCUCCGUAUGAUCUUAAUGGCAACCGAUGACUUCUCUUCUGAAAACACGCUUGGCCAAGGUGGAUUUGGUACUGUCUAUAAGGGGACCUUCCCAAACGGCCAAGAGGUAGCGGUAAAGAGAUUAUCAAAAGGUUCAGGACAAGGAGAUAUAGAGUUUAAGAAUGAGGUUUCACUCUUGACAAGACUCCAACAUAAGAAUCUGGUUAAGCUUCUUGGAUUCUGUAAUGAGGGAGAUGAAGUCAUUCUCGUCUACGAGUUUGUCCCCAACGCAAGUCUUGACAACUUUAUAUUCGAUGAGGAGAAGCGUUCACUUCUUACAUGGGAGUUGAGAUAUAAAAUUAUAGAAGGCAUAGCUCGAGGUCUUGUUUAUCUUCAUGAAGAUUCUCAGCUGAAGAUUAUUCACCGUGACUUGAAGGCGGGCAACAUACUUUUAAAUGCUGAGAUGAACCCUAAAAUAGCAGAUUUUGGGACAGCGAGGUUGUUCGACCAUGACGUGACCCGAGCUGAAACUAAACGAAUAGCUGGAACCUGUGGAUAUAUGGCUCCUGAGUACCUGAAUCACGGGCAAAUCUCAGCCAAAUCUGACGUUUAUAGCUUCGGCGUCAUGCUUCUAGAGAUGAUAAGUGGCCAAAGAAACAAGAGCUUUGAAGGAGAAGGACUUGCAGCUUUUACAUGGAAGAGAUGGGUUGAAGGAAAGCAUGAGAUUAUAAUUGAUCCUUUCUUGAUAGAGAAUCCAAGAAACGAGAUCAUAAAGUUGAUCCAGAUUGGUUUGUUGUGUGUUCAAGAGAAUGCAGCAAUGAGACCAACAAUGAGCUCUGUGAUAAUUUGGCUUGGCAGUGAUACAAUUAUCAUUCCUUUACCUAAUGCACCUGCUUUCACUGGAAGUCUAUCCCAACCGGAAAUUUGUACAUUAAUGUCAAUGAGUAGCGAUGUCUUCACGGAGUUGGGUUGUCGUUGAGCUGUAAAUCAGUUAAUCAAAAUGUUGUUUCCGAAAGCAAACUAUACAUUGUAUCUUGUGGUCUUGAUCAUGCUCAAGAUCAAGGAACCUUUCAUUUUAUCUUG